GUGAAGACUGAUGUUAAGAGUCUAUGGGUGAAGACAUUGGAAAGGCUUCAAGUAUAAAAAUGGACACCAGUUGCAUCUUGAAGUGCCAUCAGCUGUAACCAAACUUCCAGCUCCCAAGACGACAGCCAGGCAUUCUGGCUCCCGAGAACUGAAGACCAUGGAGCUCUCUGACAGCGACCGACCCGUCAGCUUCGGCUCCACAUCGUCCUCAGCCUCCUCCCGGGACAGCCAUGGUUCCUUCGGCAGCAGGACGACCUUAGUUUCAAAUAGCCACUUGGGUUUGUUUAACCAGGAUAAGGAAGCAGGGGCCAUAAAACUGGAGCUGAUGCCAGCCAGGCCUUUCUCCAGCAGCGACCUGCAGAGGGACAACCCCACCAGGCAACAGAACACGGACGAGGCCAGCGAGAGGCAGCCCAGGGCCCAGUGGAGAGUGGACACCAAUGGGACACCCAAGACACCUGCAGACUCGGCCACCAGCCCCAAGCUCCUCUACGUGGAUAGAGUCGUCCAGGAAAUUCUGGAGACUGAGAGGACUUACGUGCAAGAUCUAAAAAGCAUCGUAGAGGAUUACCUUGACUGUAUCAGGGACCAAACAAAACUUCCCCUGGGGACUGAAGAAAGAUUAGCCCUUUUUGGAAACAUACAGGAUAUCUACCACUUCAACAGUGAACUUCUGCAAGACUUGGAAAACUGUGAAAAUGAUCCUGUGGCCAUAGCAGAAUGUUUUGUGUCCAAGAGUGAAGAGUUCCACGUUUAUACCCAGUAUUGCACUAACUAUCCCAGAUCAGUGGCUGUGCUCACAGAGUGCAUGAGGAACAAGAUACUGGCCAAAUUCUUCAGGGAACGUCAGGAAACUCUGAAACGCUCAUUGCCUCUGGGGUCCUAUCUCUUGAAACCAGUUCAGCGGAUUCUCAAAUAUCAUCUCCUUCUGCAUGAAAUAGAAAAUCACCUUGAUAAGGACACAGAAGGCUAUGACGUGGUGCUUGAUGCUAUAGACACGAUGCAGCGAGUAGCCUGGCACAUCAAUGACAUGAAGCGGAAACACGAGCACGCAGUUCGGUUACAGGAGAUACAGAGUUUGCUCACUAACUGGAAGGGGCCUGACCUGACCAGCUACGGGGAACUGGUGCUCGAGGGAACCUUCCGCAUCCAGCGAGCCAAGAACGAGCGGACGCUCUUCCUGUUUGACAAGCUGCUGCUCAUCACGAAGAAGAGAGACGACACGUUUACGUACAAAGCCCACAUCCUGUGCGGCAACCUCAUGCUGGUGGAGGUGAUACCGAAGGAGCCGCUCAGCUUCAGCGUCUUCCACUACAAGAACCCCAAGCUGCAGCACACGGUGCAGGCCAAGUCCCAGCAGGACAAGCGCCUCUGGGUCCUGCACCUGAAGAGGCUGAUCCUGGAGAACCACGCGGCGAAGAUCCCGGCCAAGGCCAAGCAAGCAAUCCUUGAAAUGGAUGCCAUCCACCUUCCUGGCUUCUGUUACAGUCCCGAGGGGGAGACGAAAGCACUCUGCGGCUCUAAAGAGGGUUCUGCUCCACAUCGGCUGAGAAGAAAAUCUGAACCUUCCUCAAGAGCACAUAAAGUUUUGAAAACCAGUGAAACAGCGCAAGACAUCCAAAAGGUUUCCAGGGAGGAAGGCUCUCCCCAGCUGACCUCCGCACGGCCAGCUGCUGCCCAGAGGAACAGUCAGCCGAGCAGCUCUGCCACAAUCGGCAUGUUUCGUGGGAGUGGAACCGUCAGAAAUAUCUGGACGGAUCACCAGAUCAGGCAAGCCUUGUUUCCCAGCCAACGGUCCCCACAGGAGAACGAGGAUGACGAAGAUGACUAUCAGAUGUUCGUGCCAUCCUUCUCCUCCUCAGAUCUGAACUCUGCCCGACUGUGUGAAGACAGCACUUCGAGUCGCCCUUGCAGCUGGCACAUGGGACAGAUUGAGUCCACAGAGACGCCCAGCUCUGGUCACAGGGUCGUCAGGCGGGCCAGCAGUGCUGGUGAGAGCAACACCUGCCCUCCUGAAAUAAGAAUUAGGGACAGCGAUGGCUCUCAGUACAGCCCCCGGAGGGAACUGCAGAACAGCCCCCAAACAGAAGAACAGGAGGGACUGACGCCCUUUGGGUCGUCUAUAGAGUUAACGAUUGAUGACAUAGACCACGUCUAUGAUAACAUAAGUUAUGAGGACCUAAAACUUAUGGUUGCGAAACGGGAAGAAGCUGAAUCCACUCCCCUCAGAUCAAGCAGGGACUCCGUUCGCCCCAAGAGCACCCCGGAGUUAGCCUUCUCAAAGAGGCAAGCUGGCCACAGUCAGAGCUCUCUGCACACACAGAAAGAUGGAGGUCUCACAGGUCGGGAGGCGUCCAGCCAAAGCACACACGAACUGCAGGUGGUUGAAGAAAACAUCUAUGACACUAUAGGGCUCCCAGAUCCCCCAUCACUGGAUUUCAAGUGCAACAGCCUAAAGCGUCCAAAGAGGAGCACCUUUUUGGGUCUGGAAGCCGACUUUGUGUGCUGUGACAGUCUGAGGCCAUUUGUUUCCCAAGACAGCCUCCAGUUCAGUGAGGACGAGAUGCCUCACCAUCAGGGUACCUCUGAUAAUGACUAUUUGAGCCUGCUGUACAGCUCUUCCAGCUGUAACUUGUCUGUCGCUGACAAGCCUACAUCUGAUAAACUGUCUGAAGAAGUAGAUGAAAUCUGGAAUGACCUGGAAAAUUACAUCAAGAAGAACGAAGACAAGGCCAGAGACCGUCUCCUUGCAGCAUUUCCUGUGAGCAAAGAUGACGUGCAAGACAGGCUGCACGCUGAGAGCUCCCCCGCGCUGGGCCGGGACACGGCACACUCCGCAUCCACGUUGUCACUGCCCGGGAGCCAGGCUUUCCUGGCGCCUGUGAAAAGCAGGGCCGCGAGAGUCAGCCGGGCCAACUACCCAUUCGAAGAAGACCUGAUUUCUAGAGAAGGCUCCUUUAUGAGUCUUAACCGGCUCUCUCUGGCCAGCGAGAUGCCUCCUGUGGACAACCCGUACGACCUGGCCAGCAGUCUGUCCCAAACAGACCCAGAAAACCCUGACCCAGGGAUGGAGGCCACAGAUAAGACAAAAAGCAGGGUUUUCAUGAUGGCUCGGCAAUACAGCCAGAAGAUCAAGAAGGCAAAUCAACUUUUAAAAGUGAAAAGUCCGGAGUUGGAGCAGCCACCGGCCAGUCAGCAUCCAAAAUCCGUGCACAAAGAUCUGGCAGCCAUCUUAGAGGAGAAGAAGCAAGGAGGGCCUGCCAUUGGUGCCAGGAUUGCUGAGUAUUCCCAACUGUACGACCAGAUUGUAUUCAGGGAGAGUCCCCUUAAAAUUCAGAAGGAUGGCUGGGCCAGCCCUCAAGAUCCCUCCCUCCUCAGGUCUGCGUCACCUUCCCAGGUCCGACAGGGUAGCGAGAAUUGGCUCCUGCAUUCAACCUAUAGUAAUGGAGAGUUAGCAGAUUUCUGUCCCCAGCCAGAGCAAGACUUGAGGUCAAGAUAUCCCACUUUAGAGAUCAGUACAAAAAGUACACCCCGACAAUUAUCUGCAGCUUGCUCCGUGCCUUCUCUUCAAACCUCUGAUGCUCUGCCGGGUCCCACGCAGAGAUGCAGCGUGAUAGUCAGUCAGCCCAACAAAGAGAACUUGUGUCAGGGCCAUCUUUACAACUCUUUAGGUCGGAAAGGAAUGGGUGCAAAAUAUCAGCCCUAUAACAGGUCCCAGUCAUCUUCCUCAAUCCUGAUAAACAAAUCAAUGGACUCCAUCAACUACCCUAGUGAAAUGGAAAAGCAGCAGCUGCUGUCGCUACACAGAAGUUCCAGGUGCGAGAGUCACCAGAACUUGCUGUCAGGUAUUGCUGACUCACAGCAACAGGGCACUGAAAAACUCUCAGAUCUCACACUCCAAGACUCGCAGAAAGUUUUGGUAGUAAAUAGAAAUUUGCCCCUAAAUGCCCAAAUAGCGACACAGAACUAUUUUUCCAAUUUCAAAGAGACUGAAGGAGAUGAAGAUGACUAUGUGGAAAUAAAGUCAGAAGAAGAUGAGGCAGAGUUGGAGCUAUCUCAUAAUCGGAGGAGGAAAUCUGACUCGAAGAUUAUGGAUGCUGACUUUCCGGAUAACGUCUGCAGCAGCAACACAUCUUAUUCUUUGAACAGCGCGUGCACUCCCCAAAAGCCAAUAAACAGCAAGCUGGAGCUUUCACCAUAUCUGACAUCAUGCAGUGAUUCUGACAAACUGAGUGACUAUCUUUGGAGGGGGCCAUCUCCCAGUCAACAAAAUAUUGUACAGUCUUUAAGGGAAAAAUUUCAGUGUCUCAGUUCAAGCAGCUUUGCUUAAGGUUUUAGUAGCAGCUGCCUGAAUUAGCUU